GCUAGGUGGCAACCCUAGCUGCAGUCUCGACGGCGACUCUCCUGCCUUCUCUGUUCAGAAUCAGAGCUGUUUUGCUUGUGGCUCUUUUGACGAGAGGAAGAGCAAAGCAGGGGGCGUGGAGUUUCUUUAUGGCCAAGGGCAAGCUGCAUUGCUUCCUGCAGGCCUAGGUAUUGAAGAGUCUGUUCGGCUAGUCACGAUUGAAUGAGGAUAAUCAUCUGCCUGGCAAUCAAUCAGGCCGCAGGACAGAACCACCAGCAACAGAUCUCUCCAGUUGUCAAUAAGCUGCCACAAAGAUGUUGACCAAAUUUGAGACCAAAAGCAACAGGGUCAAGGGUCUGAGUUUUCAUCCCAAAAGGCCAUGGAUUCUUGCAAGUUUGCACAGCGGGGUGAUCCAAUUAUGGGAUUAUCGGAUGGGGACCUUGAUCGAUCGGUUUGAUGAGCAUGAUGGACCUGUGCGAGGGGUCCACUUCCAUAAGUCACAACCUCUGUUUGUGUCUGGAGGCGAUGACUACAAGAUCAAGGUGUGGAACUACAAAAUGCGCCGGUGCCUCUUCACGCUGCUCGGCCACCUGGACUACAUCCGGACGGUGCAAUUCCACCAGGAGUACCCCUGGAUCGUCAGCGCCAGCGACGACCAGACCAUCCGCAUUUGGAACUGGCAGUCCCGCAACUGCAUCUCAGUCCUCACCGGGCACAACCACUAUGUCAUGUGCGCGGCCUUCCACAUCAAGGAGGACCUCGUGGUCUCAGCGUCGCUGGACCAGACAGUGCGCGUCUGGGACAUCUCUGCGCUCCGCAAGAAGACGGUCUCCCCUGCGGAGGAUAUCCUCCGCCUGCCCCAGAUGAACACCGACCUUUUUGGUGGCGGGGAUGCCAUUGUCAAGUAUGUCCUGGAGGGGCACGACAGGGGCGUCAACUGGGCCGCGUUCCAUCCCACUUUGCCCCUGAUUGUGUCUGGCGCGGACGACAGACAGGUCAAGCUGUGGCGUAUGAAUGACACCAAGGCCUGGGAGGUGGACACCCUGCGCGGCCACGUCAACAAUGUCUCGUGCGUCAUGUUCCACGCGCGCCAGGACAUCAUCGUCUCCAACUCGGAGGACAAGAGCAUCCGCGUGUGGGACAUGUCCAAGCGCACGGGCGUCCAGACGUUCCGGCGCGAGCACGACCGCUUCUGGAUCCUUGCCGCGCACCCCGAGAUGAACCUGCUCGCGGCUGGCCACGACAGCGGCAUGAUUGUCUUCAAGCUCGAGCGCGAGCGCCCCGCGUACGCGAGCCACGGCAACACGCUGUACUACGUCAAGGACCGCUAUCUGCGCACGUUUGAGUACGGCACGACGCGCGACAACCCCCUGGUCGCAAUCCGGCGCGCGGGGACGAGCGGCAGCGCGGGCCCCCGCUCGCUGCACUACAACCCGGCCGAGAACGCAGUGCUCGUGUGCAGCGACCACGACGGGGGGUCGUAUGAGCUGUACAUUGUGCCCAAGGACGCGGCCGGACGGGGGGACACGCAGGAGGCCAAGAAGGGGUCCGGCAGCUCGGCGGUGUUUGUGGCGCGCAACCGGUUUGCGGUGCUCGACAAGGCGCACAACCAGAUCCUGAUUAAGAACCUGCGCAACGAGGUGACGAAGAAGGUGACCCCCCCCGGCGCGACAACGGACGCGAUCUUCUAUGCGGGGACGGGGAGCGUGCUGUGCCGCUCGGACGACAAGGUGGUGAUGCUGGACGUGCAGCAGAAGAGCACGAUCGCGGAGCUGGCGACGCCGUUCAUCAAGUACGUCGUGUGGUCCAACGACAACAACAGCGUGGCGCUGCUGAGCAAGCACGCGAUCAUCAUCGCGAGCAAGAAGCUGGCGCACAAGUGCACGGUGCACGAGACGAUCCGGGUGAAGAGCGGCGCGUGGGACGACAGCGGCGUGUUUAUCUACACCACGCUGAACCACAUCAAGUACUGCCUGCCCAACGGCGACAGCGGGAUCAUCCGCACGCUCGACGUGCCCGUAUACAUCACGCGCGUGUUUGGCAACUCGGUCUUCUGCCUCGACCGCGACGGCAAGACGCGCACCAUCCAGAUCGACACCACCGAGUUCAUGUUCAAGCUCGCGCUCAUCCAGCGCAAGUACGACCUGGUGCUCCAGAUGAUCCGCGGCAGCCAGCUGUGCGGGCAGUCCAUCAUUGCAUACCUGCAGCAGAAGGGCUUCCCCGAGGUGGCCCUCCACUUCGUCAAGGACGAGCGCACGCGCUUCAACCUGGCCAUCGAGUGCGGCAACAUCGAGGUCGCGCUGCAGAGCUGCCACGAGAUCGACGAGAACGACUACUGGUACAAGCUCGGGGUGGAGGCGCUGCGCCAGGGCAACUACGAGAUUGUGGAGUUUUCGUACCAGAAGACCAAGAGCUUCGAGCGCCUGUCGUUCCUGUACCUGAUCACGGGCAACCUGGACAAGCUGGCCACCAUGCUCAAGAUCGCCGAGAUGCGCCAGGACGUUAUGGGCUGCUUCCACAACGCGCUCUACCUGGGGAACGCCGCCGAGCGGGUCAAGAUCCUGCAGGAGGCCGGCCACCGGCCCCUCGCCUACGUCACUGCCAAGGUGCACGGCCUGACGGAGGUCGCAGAAGAGCUGGAGGCGGACUUCCAGGCGAAGGAAGAGGCGCUCCCCCCGGUCCCGGACGCCGCGAAAUGCCACCUACUGGCGCCGCCCACUCCAGUACUGCGCGAGAACAACUGGCCGCUGCUGCUGGUGCAGAAGGGCUUCUUCGAGGGGGCCAUCGAAGGAGAGGAGGCGCCGGAGCAGGAGGAGGAGAAGGGCGCGUGGGGCGAGGAGGCCGACAUGCCCGAGACACUGGACGGAGACCAAGGCGAUGCCGGCGAGGAGGUCGAGGCCGAGGAGGGCGACGACGCCGAGGGCGGCUGGGGCGGCGUCGACGACCUGGACCUCCCCGCCGGCGGCGAGACCGACGUCGGCCCCGCGGACAGCUCCUUCUUCGUCACGCCCUCGGCCGGCGUUCCGCUCACCCAGCGCUGGACCCAGAAGUCGUCUCUGGCCGGAGAGCACGCCGCGGCGGGCGCGUUUGACACCGCGUUCCGGCUGCUCAGCCGGCAGAUCGGCGCGGCCGCGUUCGAGCCGCUCAAGCCGUACUUCAUGGAGGCGUUCCUGGCGAGCCACACGUUCGUGCCGGGCGUCGCGGGCAUGCCGAGCGCGAGCUUUGGCGUGGAGAAGGGCUGGACCGAGCAGUCUGUGUCGGGCACCCCCGGCGCGCCGUCGCUGGCGUUCAAGCUGCCGCAGCUGGAGGAGAAGCUCAAGGUGGCGUACAAGACGACGACGGAGGGCAAGUUCACGGAGGCGCUCAAGCUGUUCACCACCAUCCUGCACACCAUCCCGCUCGUCGUCGUGGAGACGAGGAAGGAGGUGGACGAUGUGAAGGAGCUCCUGAGCAUCGCCAAGGAGUACGUGCACGCGCUGCGCAUUGAGCUCGCGCGCAAGGCGGCCGCAGAUGACCCGCAGCGGCAGGCAGAGCUCGCGGCCUACUUCACGCACUGCGCACUGCAGCCGACGCACGUGCGGCUCAGCCUGCAGAGCGCUAUGUCCAUCAACUACAAGCUCAAGAACUUCAACACCGCGGCCACCUUCUGCCGCCGCCUGCUGGAGCUCAACCCGCCACCCGCGGUCGCCACCAAGGCGCGGCAGGUGUUGCAGGCGUGCGAGAAGACCCCCAAAGACGAGGUGCCGCUCAACUACGAGCCCCGCAAUCCGUUUGUCGUGUGUGCGGCGACCAUGACGCCCAUUUACCAGGGCAGCCGGUCGGUGCAGAGCCCGUACUCGGGCGCGCACUACGUGCCUGAGAUGGCCGGCAAGAUCUGCGUAGUUGACCAGAUUGCCAAGAUUGGGGCUGACGUGUCCGGGCUGAUGGUUUCUGCCACCCAAGUACGAUAGUGUGCAUUAAAAUGGGUUGUGUUGUAGGAACUUUCCAUGCUUCUGUAACGAACUUCGUCCGCUGUUUGGAGACUGUCUUUGAUGCAGCAAAUCUCGAUGAGCGCACGACAGAUGAUGAUGAGCAGGCCGCCAAUUGCGCCAGACCAUGGUUAUGGGAAUGUUUUCCUGUUGUAACACGCAUUGCAGAGGUCAAAGUUCCUCGACACACUGCU